UCAUCAUCGUACUCCCCAUAUUGGAAUAGUCAGAAAUCUUGAAAUAAACAGUAAAGUGAAUAAGCAGCAACAUCAUGAAAUCUCCACAAGAUUGGCCAGAACCUAUAGUCCGCGUCCAAUCUUUAUCUGAUAGUGGCAUCUCUACAAUUCCCAACAAAUAUAUCAAGCCGCCAAUAGAGAGACCAUCGUUGAGUAAUUCCUUCAACAACGAUAUUAACAUCCCCACCAUUGAUUUCCUGGGACUUUUUACUAGUGAUGGAAACAAUUAUGCAAAUAAAUCUAUUAUUUAUGAACAAAUUUCAGAGGCUUGUAGAAACUGGGGAUUCUUUCAGGUUGUGAAUCAUGGUGUUCCUCCGGAGCUAAUGGAUGAAGCUCGAGAAGUUUGGAGGGAAUUCUUUCACCAUCCCAUGGAUGUUAAGCAAACAUAUGCUAAUACGCCUAAGACUUAUGAGGGCUAUGGGAGCCGUCUUGGAGUUGAGAAAGGUGCCAUUCUUGAUUGGAGUGAUUAUUAUUUUCUUCACUAUCUUCCUUGUUCUUUGAAGGUCCAUAACAAGUGGCCUGCCCUCCCGCUUUCCCUCAGGAAAGUGAUUGAAGAAUAUUCAAAACAAGUGGUGAAGUUUUGUGGGCGUUUAAUGAAGAUAUUAUCAUCAAAUCUUGGAUUAAAAGAGGAUGUUUUGCAGAAUGCAUUUGGAGGAGACAAAGAUAUAGGAGCAUGUCUAAGGGUGAACUUUUAUCCAAAAUGUCCACAGCCAGACUUGACCUUAGGCCUUUCACCACAUUCUGAUCCUGGUGGCAUGACCAUUCUCCUCCCUGACCAGCACGUUGCUGGCCUUCAGGUCCGGCGAGACAGCCAUUGGAUCACUGUAAAGCCAGCUUCACAUGCUUUCAUUGUCAAUAUAGGUGAUCAGAUUCAGGUAUUAAGCAAUGCCAUAUACAAGAGUGUUGAGCAUAGAGUGAUCGUGAAUUCAGCAGAAGAGCGUGUUUCCCUUGCAUUUUUCUACAAUCCUAAAAGUGAUUUGCUGAUAGAACCAGUAAAGGAGCUAGUUACCAAGCAAAAUCCUCCAUUGUAUCCACCAAGGACCUUUGAUGAGUAUAGACUCUACAUGAGGACUAAAGGACCUCAGGGAAAGUCUCAGUUAGGAGAAUCAGACAAAUCCCAAGAUGAAAAAUAAAUUAAUGUCUUUUUUCUUUUAAAAACAUAUGAUAAUAGUACCAUCAGGUUAGCUCGCAUGAAUUCGAUUAUUUUACUGAAUUCUUGCUAUCAAAGGUUAGGUAGAUAAAGAUAAAUCACCUGCUAUUUUUGUCCUAGUUAAUAAAUGAACCUUAAUCUCCGA